CAUUCGUGAUUCGUCUACUACAAGUUACAACAGACUACUAAAUUUUCUAAUGGCUUGUUGCCCUUAGGAAGCUAUUUCUUAUUAUUGAGUCGUUUUUAACUUAACCUCGUAUUUUUCGGUUUCAUCUUUAGUGGAAGUUUUAAUAAGUUUAUAGUAUAUUAGAAAAUUUAUCGUCUUUGCUCAUAGCUCUUACUAUAUUGCGUACUCAAAUACUAAAUACUAGAAUUCUUAGUUGAGUAAAUUCACGUUUAAUUAAAAUGUCGGACAAAUUAGAACCACGGAAAGUUUGUGAUUUGAAGGUGACUGAAUUACGUUCUGAACUAGAAAAACGCGAUUUGGAUAAAACUGGAGUAAAAGCGAUACUUUUAGAACGUUUGCAAAAGGCACUUCUUGAAGAAGGAGAAGAUCCAGAGAAUUGUAUAUUUGAUAAAUCUGAAUUAAAAAAUGUUAACAAUUCUGAAAAGUCAUUAAUAUCUGAAAAAAUGUCUCCAAGUGUUGAAAAAAAAAAACCAGUUACUCCAACAAAAACAAUAAAAAAAAAUGUGAUUGGCAGAAGACCUGGACCAAAAUCUAAAACAUGUGUGAUACAAUCAAAAGUUGAAAAAAUUAAUUUGAAUAUUUUACAAAAAGAAAAUGAUGUGAAUCAAGAUCAAUUAGAUAAUAGCAAUGCCACUGUUAGUUCUGAGGAUUCAAAAACAAUUGUAUCAGAUACAAUUAAUUCUGAUGUGAUUGAUUCAAAUGAAGUAGAAACUAAGGGAAUUGAUGCUGAUGGAGGACAACAAAAUGAGCCAGGAGUAAAAAAUGCAAUUUCAUCUCAUGAAAAUCAAACAGUAAUUGCUAUAGAUUCUGAAUCAACUAUUUCUCAUGAAAAUAUAAAAGAAUUUGAAGGUGAAAUAAAUAUUGCACAAUUAAAUCUUAAGAAUACUGAGAAUUUCACAGUUAACUUAAAAGAUAAUUUUGUAAAACAAACUAAAUGUUCGGUUAAUUUAGGUACCGAUGCAGAAGUUAAAGAAAGUACUUCUGAUAUAAGUAAUGAAAUAGAAGAACCGAAAAAUAUUAACAAUGUCAUUAUUGUUAAAGAAGUUAUACCAGAAACUAAUGAAGACCAAGAUGAUAUACAAGAUGAAGAAUUAGAUCAUGAAAUUGAUGAAGAAUUGGAUCAUGAAGUUGAUGAAGAUGAAAAAAACUACAAUACUGAUAAUUUUAAUCAAAUUAACAAUACAGAAAAAUCUACUCAGGAACAUAAUAAAGAUGACAAUAACGAAGAUUCUAUUAACUUGACAAUUGGAGAAGAUGAUAUUAAGUUAUUUGCUGAUGAGGAAGAUACUAAUAUUGAAAAAGAGGACGAAGUGAUCGAGAACCAUACCAAAGAAGAAACAUUGAUGAAACCGCAUGAAUCUCGCCAUCCAGUUACUGCUAGUAGCAGUAGAGCAACAACUGGAUUAGUCAAAAGCCGUCGCAGUGCAACUGAGAAGCGAUCAUCUGUUGGGGAUAAACCACGGAGUACCCAUAAAGAGGAAAAGGACAUCAGCAAUGCAAAACCCAUCAUCAGUGUCAGUGUGCCCAAAGAUGAGAAGRAAGAAGAGGAGAAACAAGUUAAAGAUAAAGUGGAAGCUGGCAAUAAGCAGAGUAAUGAUUCAAAAGUUCUGCAAAUAUCAAGUGACACAUCAAAGAAAAAUAAUUCAUCCUUGGUACGCAACAUUUGGGUGAGUGGUUUGGCAUCAAUUACUAAGGCGACUGACUUAAAACAGCUUUUUUCAAAAUAUGGAAAGGUUGUUGGCGCUAAAGUUGUGACAAAUGCCAAAACUCCAGGUGCUCGUUGUUAUGGGUUUGUUACAUUAUCUUCAGCAGAAGAUGCUAAUCGUAGUAUUGAAAAUUUACAUAAAACUGAACUUCAUGGUCGCGUUAUUAGUGUUGAACGAGCUAAACGUGAUAAUGGCUAUCAAGUAACAGCAAAAAGUUCUAACGCUUCCAAAGCUAAUGAAAAUGUAGAAGCUGGACAAAAUACAAAAAAACCUGAAGAAAAAAAAGAUAAACGAGAAGAAAAAAGAGAAAAGAGACCAGAAAUUACAAUUAAUGAUGUUAAAAAACCAGACAUAAGUCCCUUAAAGCGAUCAUUAUCAAAAGACCAAAACCAAGAAUCAAAACGUUCUAAAAUUGUAAUCGAAAGAGAUGAUCGAAGAAAAKACAGAAGCAUCAAAAGUAAAAGUAAUGAACGUGACCGAGAAAAGCUAAGAGAAUUAGAACGAGAAAGAGAACGCUUAGAAAGAGAAAAAAGAAGGCAGCAGGAAAUUUUAAACUUGACAAAAAUUAGAACUGAACGCGAAAGACUCAAACAAAAAGAACAAGAGAGAGCAAUGAGAGAAGAAGAGCGUAAGAGACGUAUUGAAAAAGAACGCCAAUUAGAAAUUGAAAGAAAACAAAAAGAAGAAGCAAUACGCCUCGAAAAAGAAAGACAGAAACUUCGAAUUGAGCGUGAACGAAUUGAAAAAGAAAAGGCUGAACUUUUGCGUUUGGAGCGUGAAAAUCAACGUUUAGAACGUGAAAGAUUACAAAGAGAAAAGGAAGAGUUACGUAGAGCACAAGAAAAAUUAGAAGAAACAAAGCGCCAGGCAUUACUAAAACGUGCUAUGCCCCCAUCUCCACCACUUCCUAGUAAAAGACAUUCUUCAUCAAAUUCAUCUCGAUAUGAAGAAAGAAAAGAACCAAUUCGUAGUUCUCGUAUCCAGCCUAGUACAGACUAUAUGAAUCAAGCUCCUCCACCUCCUAACAUAACAUCAUCUAGACAUCGCUAUGAACAGCAUUCAUCAGAGUCUCGCCGUAUGAGGCCAUCACCACCCCCUCCUCCGCCACCUGCUUCAAGACCUAAAGACUCUACUGUGAAUAUCAGAUAUGGUGGUGCACCAUCAGCAACAGAUCAUCAUUACAGAAAUCGUGAUGACCGAUCAGAUCGAAGAGAAGAAUCUCGGAAGAAAGAUUCAAGCAGUGGUGGUAGUAACAGACAUACUCAUGCACCAUAUGAUUCAAACAAAAGUUCCUAUGGAAUGUCCCGCAACAGCGAAAGUAAUACUUGGUCAUCAGCCCCGGUAAAAAGUUCUUAUGGCACUCUUAGUUCAAGCUCUGGAACUAAUAAUAUGGUAUUAAGUUCAAGACCAGAUCCUUGGUCAAAUAGUAAUAAUAGUCGAGAAAUUGAAACAACUGUGUGGCAACGUCCUCCUCAACCACCACCGGAUAACAGAUGGAAUAGUACUUCAAGUAAUCCUUCAUCUAUGUCAAUAAGUGGACGUAGUUCAAGUAGUAACACUCUGUAUGGAAAUAACCAUCAAGUUAUACCAAAUAUGGGAUUAAACAUGUCAACAAACUAUAGUGAUAGUAGAUUUGACAGUUACAAAAUGAGUGGCAUGUCCCGAAAAUAUUAGAGAAAUUUCAGCCAACAAAUUUUUAGCAUUUAAUCAUUACACAACACAUAGUGUUUAUUUUGCUAAUUUUGUAUAUAUUUUAAUAUUUAACUAUAAUUUAUAAUAUACACUUUAGGAUAUUGGUUUUAUAUUUAUUAUUUUAACUGAAUUCUUGAAUUAAUAAAUAUGUAUUUAUGAUAUAUGUUGUAGUUUGUGGAUUAUAAAAUUGCAUCCAUCAAAUAUGAUUUU